AUGCCCCUUGAAAAGGACCUCCUCCACCAGUCCACAAAAGAGGAGAUGAGGAAGCAUAAGAAGAAGUGCCUGGUGCAGAGCCCCAACUCCUACUUCAUGGAUGUGAAGUGCCCAGGAUGCUACAAAAUCACCCCCAUCUUUAGCCAUACACGAACAGUAGUUUUGUGUGUUGGCUGCUCCACUGUUCUUUGCCAGCCUACAGGAGGAAACGCAAGGCUUACAGAAGGAUGA